AUGCCAUCAGUGCCUGUGAUGACUGUCACGGAGACGCACAACCUCACCGAGCAGUGCGGCUGGUUAAGCGAGGAGAACCAAACUGAGCCGCGCGUAACGGGGCAGCUGGACGCUGCCAGCUGCCUCUUCCUGUCUAUAAUCCCCAAUGGACAUGCAGUUCCAGCGCUGAUAUGCAUCUUUGUGUUGCUGACUCUGUUCUCGUUUCUGGUUAAUGGUCUUACUCUGUUCGGGCUCGGACGGUCCGAGGACCUCUCCUGGGAGCCGCGUUUUGCUUUCCUGAAGAAUCUGAUUUUGAGCGACCUCAUUCAGACCGCCACCUUAAGUCCGGCGGUCAUCCACUCAUUAGUCCAUCGCCGGACGAUGGAGUUCAACACCUGGUGUUACGUCCAGUACUUUGCCGGGACCGCCAGCAUUUUCUCCAGCCUCGUCACCAUCACUUGCAUGGCGCUGGAGCGCUACCUGUACGUGUGCCACGCCAUCCACUAUUUGGGCAUCCUCACUCAGGUGCGCCUGUGGGUAACCCUGAGCCUUAUUUGGGUCUACUCCAUCUCCGUCAGCACCGUCAACAUGGUGUUGCUGCACAUGGGCACUGAGCGAAAGAAUGACCCGACCACCAGGGGGUUACUGUGCGAGCCGGACAUGAUGGAGCAGCACAUGGGGUUCCCCCGUGUCUCAGCCGUUUUUCGCAAAGUCGUGGGCUCAUUUACUCUGCUGCUGUGCCUGCUGGUCUACGCGUUCUCCUACUUGAGGAUGUACCGGGACGCGCGUAACGCAGUGAUACCGUUCAACGCUGUCAACAACACGGCUCGCAAGACUGUGUUGUUCUACUGCGGCAUGCUGUUCCUGCAGCUGCUGCCGCUGCUGAUUAAAGCCGCCUCUGACGCGCUGUGGGAGGUUGAGGGGACAGUGGCUAUGACGGCACGGGCAUCUGAGGGCAACAGCAUGAUGGAGACGACUCCCUCGGCCACUGCGGUCGUGCUCCACAUGUCCCUGCUUAUGAUGCUUAUUGUACCACCCUGCAUUAACCCGCUGGUGUACGGGCUGAGGAGCGCGGAGAUGAGGCAGGCCCGGCGGAGCCUGUUCCGGUGGUGGAUGGAUAAGAGGGUGCGAGAAGUGGAGGGGACACGAGUCCGAGAGGUUGUGCGUUCAAACUGAGCUCAUUUCUAUUGUGAUGUUUUACAGUGAUGCAACUAACCUGACUAGGAAGUAGGAAGUCGAGACAAUAUCUCCCGGUGAUGGAAGAACAUUUCCAAAGAAGGACAGAAAGUGUUGUUAAUUAGGUAUGCUGCAGAACAGGAAAAAGUUUGACUAUUCGCAGUUAGUUCCGACCAAGUAAUUUGAUUGGACACGAGGCAUUCAAUGACUGCUUUUAAUGGACUUUUAAUGUAUCACUUAACAGGUGUUCUAUUAACCGUUAAUCAUCGUCACAUUAACGGUUGUUAUCUGUCUAAGAUUGUAAUAAACGUUGCAAAGAUGAAUAUAUUUCCAGAAAUAACAUUUGGAUUCAAUGAUGUACGGUCGUUAAAGGAGCAAGAAGGGAAGAAGCCUUGAUACUUAAGCGCACACCUGAGGAGUGCCUGCGGCCUCACACCUAUGACCGAAUCACAGCCGUGCUGACAUCCAGUACAUUACCCCCCCCGUGUUUUAAUGACUCAAACACACGCAGCAAAAUGAAUAUGCACAAACACUGCCAUAAAAUGGGCCAUUUUUCUUGUCAGUCCUCUUGUUUUGAUACAUACAGGGUGGGACAUUAAAGCAUUGCCUUGUCUUCGUAUUUGACUUAAUGGAGCUAGUACAUUUGUAUCCUAAAAUCUUGCCACAUUACUCUACAGUCAUUUCAACAUGUGACAUCAUUACUGUGGACUUGGUUGGAAGUCAGAGACUUCAAAUGAAUAUAAAUGCUUUUCAGUAAAUAUACUGUUGUCUAGCUGUUACCAGUGAUUGAAGUGGGGGAAAAAAGUGUUUGUACUCAC